AUGAUCCGCACAAUCAAGCCGAAAAAUGCACGUACUAAAAGGGCUCUUGCUAAGAGGGAAGCCAAGCUAGUGGAAAACACGAAAACUGCACUUUUUGUACCUGGAUCCACGGGGAAUAAACUAUUACAUGACGCCAUGUGCGAUUUGAUGGCAUUGAAAAAACCAUUAGCAAAGAAAUUUAGCAAAAAAAAUGAGAUUAGACCUUUUGAAGAAACAUCACAGCUUGAAUUCUUUUCAGAAAAAAACGACUCUUCAUUAAUGGUGUUUUCAUCGCAUAAUAAGAAAAGACCGAAUCGAUUGACAUUUACGAGAUUUUUCAACUACAAAGUAUACGAUAUGAUUGAAUUGUCGAUUCAGAACAACUUUAAAUUGCUACAAGACUUUAAAAAGAAGUUCACGUUUACUAUUGGAUUGAAACCUAUGUUUACGUUUAAUGGACCUGCAUUCGAUACACACCCAGUCUACAAGCAUAUAAAGUCAUUAUUUUUGGAUUUUUAUCGUGGCGAGGAAACAGAGUUACAAGAUGUUGCUGGAUUACAGUACAUUAUCUCCUUAUCAGUUGGCGAAAUUGACGAUUUAAAUAAUAGCGAUGAAAAAAGUUUGCCAUUGGUUCAUUUCAGAGUAUAUAGAUUGAAAACAUUCAGAUCUGGUCAGAAAUUGCCCCGCGUUGAAUUGGAUGAAAUUGGACCAAGAUUUGACUUUAAAGUUGGUAGAAGGAUUGAACCAAGUCCCGAAGUGGAAAAAGAAGCUAAUAGAAAACCAAAACAGUUGGAAACUAAGGAAAAGAAGAAUAUAUCUACCGAUUUUAUGGGUGAUAAAGUGGCUCAAGUUCACGUUGGCAAACAAGAUUUGAGCAAAUUGCAAACUAGAAAGAUGAAAGGAUUGAAGGAGAAGUACAACCAGGAAAGUGAGAACGAAAGCGAAACUGAAACUGAAAACAACAAUGAAGAAGAUGACGUCUAUGUGUCCGACGAGGAGUAUUUUGCAAACGAUGUAGAGGAACCAGACACUAAAAAGCUAAGGAAGAAGUAG